AGUUGUAAGAGUCAGAGACGCCAUGGGGGCCACUGGCGACGCCGAGCAGCCGCGGGGACCCGGAGGGGCAGAGCGGGGCGACCCCGAGCAGGGAGACGCGGGCGCAGCGAGUCAGCUGGUUCUCACGAACCCUUGGAACAUAAUGAUAAAGCACCGGCAGGUGCAGCGAAGGGGCCGCCGCUCACAGAUGACAACAAGUUUCACAGAUCCUGCCAUCUCCAUGGACCUCCUCCGAGCUGUCCUGCAGCCGAGCAUCAAUGAGGAGAUCCAGACGGUCUUCAACAAGUACAUGAAGGUGAGAGGGACACGAAGAUAAAACAUUAACAGGGAA